GUGUAAUUAGUUAUUGAUAUUUAUGUGAAUACUUCAUAAAUGUCUGCCUCUAUUUAAUUAUUAUCAGAAAAUUAAAUAUUUUAAUUGAAGUUUUAAAUUGAAACUGAAGUAUUUUUUAUUUUCUAUUAGUUAUUCGAUAUCUAUAACCUCUAAUUGUUAGUCCACUUUUUGAUAGAUCUACCACUUAAACAUUUUAGGUAUGAUUCAAAAAAAAAAAAUCUAACAAAAUGACCUUAUCUUAUACCUAUACUAGUCAUGUUUCUUUAUCAUAUUAUUUAUUAUUAUAUAAGAGAGCAUAGAUUAUAAUAGGUAUAAAAAUGGAGAAGAAUAUUAUACAAGUGCCUUUUAGUCAUUUACUAUUAGAAUAAUGGAAACAUCAUAUGUCUUACAAUGGUAAUCCUAGAUUGUGUUUUAUUAUUUUUAAAAAUUAAAUAUAUUCACACAUCACUUUCUUAUCUUCUCUUCUUUGAUUCUCUCUUUUUAUUUUAUUUGAUAUUCCAACUUAGCAUGCACAAUUAUGAAUAGACCAUGUUAAACACCAUAUAUAUAUAUAUAUAUAUAUAUAUUUAAUCUUUAUAUGGUUUGAGAUACAAUAUUUCCACAAAGAGAAAGCUUAUCAUUAACAUAUAUUCUCUCUCCCAAUCAAUUAUAUCUCAUAAAUCGGAGUUAAUUCUUGUGGCGAAGUGGAAAGUACAAUGUUUCAAAAAUCAGCAGAUAGUGAUUUUAAGAGAGAAGGCAAACAUGUAGAAUUUAUACCUCCAAUCAUGGGUGAAAAUUUAAGAGCAGCAAAUCAAUUUGAACUAAUGACACCCUCCUCAAUUGCAUUUAAAUCAUACCCCUUUUCAGAAGUACCACAAUAUUCUGGUGGCAAUGUUACUAUUGCUUGUGGUGAACCUAUGGUAAAUCAAAAUAUGGAGAGAUCAUCAAUAGUUCAUCAUAAUGGAAGAAUGAUUUUGCCAGUUGAAGUGAAAGAGGAGCCAAUGUAUGUAAAUGCAAAACAAUACCAUGGAAUUCUUAGACGAAGGCAACUUCGUGCUAAGGCUGUGUUGCAACAAAAAGUGGUCAAAUCUCGAAAGCCUUAUCUUCACGAAUCGCGUCACCGACACGCGAUGAGGAGAGCUAGAGAUGGUGGAGGUAGAUUCCUCAACACAAAGAAGAAAAUCCAAUCUACAACUACUACAACUAAUAACAACACUACUCCAAGUAGUAGAGGCAAAAGUUCAUUGGACUCAAAUUCUUCUCCAAAUUACCUACUCAAUUAUGAAGGUGAUAUUGGAUCAUCCAAUAAUACCAACUCUGUUGAGGGAUUUCAGUUCCAAUCUGGAAUACAUAAUACUACAGAAAAUCUUCAAUUGGGUUGUCAUUAUCAGUGGAACCUCAAUGACAACAAUCAUUGCAACUGCAUGCACUCAGAACAUUUCUAAAAAGAGAGUCGCUCUACAAGACGUCUAGCAGUCUUUUGAGUCGCUCUACAAGACAUCUAGUAGUCUAUUGAAUCGCUCUACAAGAUCUUUUGAGAUGCUCUACAAGACGUCUAGUAGUCUUUUACUUGGUCUUCGAGUCAUAAGUACCACUUAAUUUAUUCUCAUCUGAAUGAUAUAUACUGUAGUUUAAUUUACUCUUUUGGGAGUUAUGUAAAUAUCCAAUAUCCCUGCAGUUGUAACUACAUUAUAUUAUAUAUAAUAAAACAAUACUUGUAGUGUA